CUAGACCUAGUUGAAGCCGGAGGCUGUCCUUUAAAUUAAAUACCACUGAUUUUGAACGGAGAAGACCCUCAAAUAUGACGAGGUCCAAGACUGCAGGUCGACGGGGUCGCGGAGGUGGAGGAGGACCCAGAGGCCCAGUUAGGGGACCAGGAGGCCCGAGAGGAAUGUGGAGAGCACCAGCUUUUAUGCCACACAUUCCAUUUGAUAUAGUCCAGUGUGAAAGUGCCUUCCAGAGGACGAAACCAGUUCCCCCCACGGAGGAUACACCUCUACAAAUGAGUCUAUUGGAGAAGAACACAGAGAUGACCCCAGGGACCAAUGAACAGACUGCAGUACUCAACCUUGUCACCAAAAUCAGCUCUGUCUUAGACAACCUAAUGGUUUCUCCACCAGCAAACUUUGAAGUGAGUAUAGAGGAGGUGAGACAGGUUGGUUCAUUCAAGAAAGGAACCAUCAUGGCCAACAGCCCUGUAGCUGAUCUAGUUGUCAUUUUCAAGACUCUGCCAACAACUGAAGCAGUGAUGGCACUAGGGAACAAGGUAGUAGAAGGAGUAAAGGAGACAGACCCCAAAGAAGUGCUCACGAUGUUGGCCAACGAGGCUGGGUGUGAGAUCAGCAGCUCGGAUGCCACCGUUAAGAUCCUUGUCACCACCAUUCCUCCCAACAUGAAGAAACUAGAUGCCUCAAUCCACUUACCUCUCAAGACCAUGCAAAGUGCCCUAGCAGCUGUUCGACAUGCCCGAUGGUUUGAAGAAAAUGCAACAAAUUCAGUGGUUAAAGUUUUGAUCAGGAUUCUCAAGUACCUGAAGACACGCUUCACCGGCUUUGAGCCUCUCAAUCCUUGGAUGAUAGACCUCUUGGCUCACUACUGCGUUAUGAACAACCCAUCACAUGCCCCCCUUCAGAUCAGCAUUGCGUUCAGACGCUGCUUGUCUCUCCUCUCCGCUGGGUUCUUUCUCCCACGAUCUGUGGGGAUCAUCGACCCCUGUGAAGGAGGCGGGGUCAGAAUUCACACUUCACUCUCGCUAGAACACCAGGACCAAGUGGCAUUCACAGCCCAAACAUUAUUAAGAGUUUUAAGUCAUGGCGGUCACAGGAAAGUGCUUGGAUUUGAGGGAGAUGCAGGCAUCGCCUCUCAGAUGUCCGUGUGGGAUGGGAUUGUAGUGACUCCUAGUGAGAAGGCUUACGAGGCUCCGGUAGAGAACAAGGAGGAAGAACAAGACGGAGAAGAGGCUGAUGAGGAGGAAGGAGAAGAUGCUCCGAUGGAAGCCCAGGACCCGUAAGAUCUUUGAUCUUCAUAUGUCACCUAACACAAGCCUUGGAUGAUCUCAUUAAACAACCGUUCCCACAUAAAGCUGAUGGUAUCUGUAACUGGACAAAUCCUAAGUGAAAAACAAGGGAGGAAACUGUAUAUAAAAUGUUCCAGCUUGGACAUUUGUUGACCUAAUUCUACACAUAGUCAACUUUUGAGCUGUCGUACAUGAACUGUUUUAAAUUAUGAGAAUGAUGCCUUUGAAAGGAUUCUUUGCAAGCAGACAGAGCUAUAUUUUCAGUAUCUGAACCAGCUUGUGUGGAUAUUCCUAUUUAAGUUCAGUUUUACUGAGCCAUCUAACUUUAUAUGUUUGUAAACAAAAAUAUGUAAUGUAUUUUAUACCUGUAUUAAUGUGCUCAGUUUUUCAUUUAUUUGCCCAUGUGAACACUACCCCAGAAAUAUUCAGUGGUAAUUAUCUAUGAAUCAGACAGUAUUUCUCUGUAUUAACUGUCCUAAAAACAUCUUACACAUAUCAGGCCUAGAGCAGUUUUAGAAAGCAGAAACCAUUAACUAUCUCCAGAAAGAGAUCUCUUUCUGAAGAUAUCACUCCAUAGAUAUUAUGCUGAUCAUGAAAGUCAUUUGUUACAGUACAUUCACAUUGAUAUACCGGUACUGUCAUGAUUUUUAUUAGGAACCUGCAAUAAUCACGCUUUUAAGAUUCUGAAUUUUUAUAAAAAUGCAAGACUGUAAUGUAAGUGAUCCUUCACAUUUUCUUUGCUGUCAGAUUUUAAUGACGUAUUGUAGAGCCUCGUAAUAUUUUACAUAUUUUACACGUCAAGAAGUAAUCCCUCUUUGGGAUAGGCUUUCUAGAUCUCCGAUAUUCAUAGAAAAAUAAGGAAUAUACAAGGAAGCUCAAAUAUCAUAUGUCAUAAUACUAAUUCAUAUGCGCACUUCAUUUAAGUGAAAAUCCUUCUUUGAAAAGUUACUUCACUGUAUAUUUUGCAUGUUUUGAUGUUGUUUAAACCUAAAUCCGAACCUAAAUCUGGCUAAAAAUGAUUGCUAUUUUUACAAAAUCUUGUUUUGUCAUAACAGAUGAUAGUAGGUUCAACUGGAAUGCUCUAGGAAAAGGUCAAUGUACAGUACAGCUGUGAUGAUGAAGCUAGUAGUGAAUUUCAAGUCUAUUUUCCAUCUUGUGAUUAAAAUAAAUAUGAUAUGCUCUAAUGUCCAACUUUGAUGGAUUAUAGCACAUUACAAAAUAAUGUGAAAAGGAUUCAAUUGUAAUAUCUAGAUCCAAUCGGAUUGUGUUCAAAAUUUGGAAAUGAAGUUUACCUCUUUGUUGCUCUGUGUUAAAUAAUUUGAUAAGGCAGAACAUAUGGGCUAGGUGUUGUUAGAAUAUUUGUCGAUUUUGUGGUGUAAUAAAAUAUGUUCAUUUUUUAUGUAAAGAACACUUGCA